CCUAAAGUGACAGCUGUCGACCAGCCCGAUGGUGAAAAAUUAAAUCAACCGCUACCCUUUUGGGCAUUUAAAAAUGAAUCUAUUUUCAAAACUAAGGCCGACUCGCCUCCGCGCCUGGGCAUUUUCGGCGGGACGAAACCGAGCGAAGCCGCGAAACAGUUCACAUUUAAAAUGCCUCAAUCGGCUACCGCCCAACAAAAAUCAUUGGGCAUAUUUCCCCUUCCAUCCAACGACAAUCAGUUCGCCUCAACAGUCGUCCAACCUCAACCCCAAAAACCAGUAUUUAACGUGCCAAUUUUUCCAACGCAAAAGAACCAAAACGAGAGCAUCAUGCAAUCGUUCUUCGGUUCGGAUGCCGCGAGCAAACCCAAAACUGCCCUACCUCAAGCGCCUGCCCACUUCAGCGGUUCCCAGCCGCCCAUUUUUGCCAAUCAGAAAUUCGAUUUUGGCGCGCCGCUCGUUCAAACUGCUCGUCCGGCGUCAGAAAAGGUGGAAACGAACAUGGCCGAGGUGCUGCGUUUAAAGGAGGAGGAGACGAAGCGCAGGUUAAUGGAACGGGCCGCCGAAGAGCAACGCGAACGGGAGAGGUUGGAGAAACUGCGCUUGGAGGAAUUGGCAAGGAUGAAAGAGGAGGCGUUGAGGAAGGAAAACGAAAGGCGCAAAAGGGAGAAGGAAGAGGAAAUGGAGAAGAGGCGCAUAGCUAUGCUGGUGGAAAAAGAACGACUACUAAGAAUCGAAAUAAACAAAACCGUCACGGAACUUAUGAACGACCUCCUAGCACGAGUCGAAGCAAUACGAAAAGAAGAACGUCUCAACGACAUAGCGACCAACAUCAGAAACUUUAAAACCCGCCAAUUCGUCGCCCUAUGGAAGAAGAAGUGUCGUCUAAUCAAGAGAAAACGACACGCAAUCGAUCAGAAUCCGGUCUGGUUGCCCGAACGUUCCGUUUCCGAGGAGGCGGCGCAACUCCUCACCGCAAACCAGGAGUUGAUGUUGCAAAAUAUUAAACGCUAUAAGACUGGGAAAUCGUACGAGAUUGCCGCGUCCGAAAGAGAACAAGUCGACAGUAUCGACAUUAGCUACUAUUACAAGUUGUUACUCGCGAGUUACACGAAGAUGCAGACGAGACUUCCGAACGAACUCUUCUGGAAGGUUACUGUCUCACUGCCCGAUUUUAAGGAAGUUAAGGUCGGGUUGAGCGUUAUCGAGAGCGUUUUAAUGCAGUAUUUCAAAUGGAAGGAUCGCUAUGGAUCUACAGCGAGAGUCGAUCAAUAUCAAAGUGGCAAAUUGUUGGGGUAUUGCAUCGAAAGGAAGCAGGGAGUAUUAGAGGUUGACAGCAACUCGAAUGGAAUUGUGUUCUUGUCACACGAGCCCAGUGACCACCUUCACCAACGAAUUUCGUUUGCGAUAAAAAAUUUUCCAAAAUGUUGCCGGUUAGCUGUAGCAGUUGUAUUCGUUAACGAUGAGGCUCAAAGUAUUAACUCUCAAAAAUUAGGAGUGCUUCUGGAGAAGAACCCGCGCAUCACAAAUUAUAAAGUAAUUACGUGUCAAUUCCAACGACACUCCAUACUGAGCGCUGUUAAAGAGAGUUUAGAUUUUCUCUCUGAAAACAUUCAGAAACCUCCCCCUCUCGAGCUGGACAUGGUGGGUUCGUUCGUUUACUCGCACUUAUCAAUCGACUUAUGGAAUCGAAUGAAGAGCUGCUCUGUUUGGAAUGCGAACUACAAAACAUGCUUAAAGUCGCCAAAUUUAGUGAUUGGUUUGUACAAUCAAGGCAUCGAUAAACUCAAGGAGAUCGUUUCGGACCACACCUGUUUGGACUAUCCCAGUUUUCCCAUCGAAUUUGAUGUGCUACUGCACGAAAAGAUACCAGAAGUCCUACCAUGCGAUUAUAGGUCCUUCCCUUCAUUUUGGAGAAAGGCGACAUAUCGAUCUCUACUUCGUAAAACCCUAAACUCACUAAAACUACCCGAAUACAAAUCGGUAUGGCCUCCUAACGACGAGUCCACACUGGAGAAGGAUCUCUUCGCGUAUUGCUUAUCGAUUUUCAAAAAUCCACAGAAAGUAUUCUACAAAGUGAUGGCAGUUGUUUUGAAGAACUACGACCCGUCGUGCGACUUUGAUAGAAUAAAAAACCUCCUCUGGAUCGACAUAAUGGGAGUGAUUUCCGCCGAGAAGCUGCAGGAGGGCAAUUUUCUUCUACGCCACACCCCGUUUCACGCCAAGUCGACGUUUACGCAGUCGUUCGUCGUUUAUAAAACUCAAGCUCUCGAGAGGUUCAAAUCUGAGGAGUGGUUUUAUUUGGAAAAUCCGCUGGUUAAGAGCGAAAUAAAGAAGUUACCAGAGAAGGUGUACGCGCAUGAUGUCAGGAGAACUAAUCAGAACACGAUCUCAGUUGAAGAGAUUGAUCUAGAUGAGAUAGAAAAAAUGGUAAGGGCAGAUAAAACUGUAAGUACUGAUUCAAACAUUGACAAACUGAGAGAGUUGGAAGAGUUUAUGAAGGAUUUAGAAACCAGUAUGGAUAUUCACAAACAAAUCAAUGCCACUUUUCAGCGAACUGUUAAUCAAGCUCUAGGUAUAAAUAAUUAACUAUAAGUUUACGAAAUAAAUUAUGUUGUUGACUGAA